AAGAAGACCGAGCCACAUCAAUAUUGCGAUGCGUUCGGUAAAACCUUGACGUGCAUAAAUCUCGUGCGCAGGUUGGCAAUUCCAAGGGCAUGACAUAAGGUAUCUGACUGUAUAGGUAGAUAUACAAGCGCAUCGUAUAUUACAUAAUUUACAUAAAAUCAGUGCCUUAAAUAUGAGGUAUUAAAAGUUGCCAAUUAAUAACUUCUCUGAUUGGUCAAUGUAGCCUUAGCAGCUUAGAACACCAAAGUUGCUUGCAUCGUAUGUUCUCUUCAUCAAAACUUCCCCAGAAACCUAUCGCCCAACCCAUUGUACCUUCGACCGACCGCUAAGAGAACCCCAAAUCCGAUAAAGCGCAACAACAUCCUAGUCAUGGCGUCUAUAAUCGCACGAAGAGCCUUGUCCCAGAGGGCGUUCUCUACUACCACCCGCCGGUUGGCUGCUGACCCAGCCCUCAAGGAGGAGACGAAGCGCAAUCCCGAAUUGAUGAUUCUAGGAGGUGUUAUGGUUUUGGCUCUAGGUGGUGCCGGUCUUUACUUCGGCCGUUCACCCACCAAAUCGACCUCCGAAGCCCCCGUUGGCAUGGCCCAGUCAGGUAUGCCAUGGGAAACCGGUGCGACGGAGGGCAAAUAUCGAUACCACCCUGGUGGUGACCCUCAAGCUGCUCCUAAAGACGCCCCCAGCGCUGUCAACGUCGUCGUCAUCCCCGACGUCAAUUUGCCAAAGGUAUUUUGCAAUACACAAGCCAUACCAUCUCGAUGAUGUUCUACACAAGAUCGCGAUUUUUAGGCUAACUAUCAUAUCAAUAGCAUCUUCACGAUAAAUACAACAAAUGGGGCAAAGACGGUUACUAGACAUGUCCCCUUUGAGGUGGCACCCGAAUCAUUCCAUAUGUUAUUGCGACCGUAAAAAAAUGGCGCGGUAUCUCCA